AGCCCACGAACUAUCACAAGUGUACACAGGCGGCUACUGUAGUACAGGACGGAGGGGAACAGCAGGCCACUCACUCACACACACCACUGGAGCUGUCAGCGAGCGGAAGAGUUAAACCCGUGGGCGUGUUCUUACAGCAGCCAAACUCCGCCCUUGUUAUCGCCACGCCCAUUCCACAGCCCUUCACCCAAUCAGCGUCAAGCAAAGGAAAUGCGGGAAAAUCUAAACACAAUAAAACCGAGAAAAGAAGGGGCGUCCUGCCUUAUAAGGCGAUGUGCGCGCAUGCGCAGAACGUCACCUCGGGCCGCCGGGUUCCAAAUUGGAAUGCGGCCCCAGAGAUAGAGCGGAGGAGACAGGAGCCGCUGCACUCCGCCCCGACUCCCCGGACCAGUGAGCGCCCCGAAUUCCCCGUGCUCCCGGAACUCUGCUGGAUGCUCUGAGCACCGGAGUAUGCUAGGACAGCAGCAACCGCCGCCGCCACAGGCGUUCUGCUACUCGCAGGGCGGCAGCAGCGGGGUGGAGGACAGUCAGCUGGUCUCCUAUGUGGAGGAUUAUCUGGAGUGCAUCGAGUCUCUGCCCCUGGAGAUCCAGAGAACCGUCACCCUGCUGCGGGAGAUCGACACCAAGUACCGAGAAGCAUUAAAGGAGAUCGAUGAGGUCUACGAGAAGCAUUCAAAUGAAGGUGACCCCAGCCAAAAGAAACGCCUCCUGCAGCAACUUCAGCGAGCACUGAUUGUCACCCAGGAGCUGGGGGACGAUAAGAUACAGUUGGUCACCCAAGUAUUUGAGUUGGUAGAAAACCGGACCAAGCAGAUUGAUGCCGUGUGCAAGGGCUUUGCCGACCCAGACGAAAAUGAAAAAUCUACCGAAAAGACAAAAGCUGACUCCGCUUCUUUAGAGCGCUCUACACGGCGACCUCGCAGGCAGCGCAACAGUGAGAGUAGGGACUUGUGUCAUAUGGUCAAUGGGGCAGAUGACCUUGAUGAGCCACCGAAAGAGAAGAAGCCCAAGUCUUCUAAGAAGAAGAAGAGAACCAAACACAAGCAGGAAAGGGACAUGUCUCCUAUUCCCUUUCCCAUCGAUCCCAACGAGCCGACGUACUGCUUGUGUAACCAAGUGUCCUAUGGGGAGAUGAUAGGGUGCGAUAACGAAGAGUGUGCCAUAGAGUGGUUCCAUUUCUCUUGUGUUGGACUGACCUACAAACCAAAGGGCAAGUGGUAUUGUCCUGACUGCAGAGGAGACAAUGAAAAAACAAUGAGCAAAAAUACAGAAAAAACAAAGAGGGACAGAAGGUCUAGAUAGCACGGGAUUUUUUUUUUUUUUGUAUCGUCUGUUUUUGCCUCUUUGUAUGUUUUAGGUAACGUGGACACAUUUUUAAUAGUAUUGUAAUAUUAAAAGCUGUUUGGGUUGUGACUAGUCUUAUUUCCAGCAAGUGCGGCUGAUUUAUUUUUUUCACUGUACCAGCAGAAAGCCUAGAGAACUGUUUAAUUCCAUUUUGUUGCCAUUGCAGUAGUGUAGAGCACUUCUAUAAUGCUCUUCGCUUGUAAUCAGGAGAGCACACGACUUCAGGAUCCUUUCUAUCACUUGCCGUGGACUGCAGGAGUAUAAAACGUAUAAAGCACAUUGAAUAUGUUUGAAAAGAUUGUACAUAAAGAUAUUUCUUACGGCGUAGCAGUCUGGCAAUAGUUAGUUAAUUUUCCAGAAAUGUUACACCUCUGCUUAAAGGACAGAUCAGUUUGCCAUGGCAGUGUUCAGUCGCUGAAAGCGAUUUUCCAGAUACAGGAAGUUGUCACAUGUGGCUUGAAGUACAGCAAAAGCAUUUUUUUAAUUGUCCCAGUAAAUAUGAAAUUAAACAUAAAGCAACUUUGCUAUAGGUUGAACUUUAAAACUUCCAACCGUUUUGUGUAUGCCGUUCCUGCGCAGACUGAAUCUCCAUGGUAACAGACAGCAAACUUUCCAUGUAGUAUUUCAGUUUCUGGCUAGGUUCACAUAGCAAACCUGCAGUGGCAAAUGGUCUUUUUGGUGUCAGUUGUGUCAUUUUGUGGUGUUUUAGUGAGUUUGUACAAGUGUUUUAACCU